GUAUCCUCCUCAUCCUAUGCACCGCUGCUCGUGAAUUCUGAGCUCUCGACCCUGCAAGAACUUAGAGUCACAAGGUUGCUCAAUGGCUGAGGAAAGCAAGUCCGGCUCUGGCUCCGGCGACCUGCUGUCGAGCGGCAAGGUGGUGGCGCAGGCGACCAUGUCGGCGUUCCAGCAGAAGAGCGUGGAGGGCGUCGACAAGAAGGAGGUCGCCGGCGCCGCGGCGGACCUGCUGCACUCCGCGUCCACCUACGGCAAGCUCGAGGACAAGCCCGUCGGGCAGUACAUCGAACAGGCGGAAGGGUACCUCAAGAGUUUCAGCUCCGGUGGCGCGGCGGCGCCGCCACCGCCAGCCGGGGAGGCCGCGCCGAAGCCCGCGGCGGCGGAGGAGCCUGCAGCGCCGCCUGCUGAGAAGGAAGGCAGCAAGGCACCGGCGUCGGAAGGGUUCGGGCUCGACGACGUCAUGAAGGGCGCCGAGUCGCUGAUGGAGAAGAAGGGUGGAGGGGAGGAGAGCGCCGGGAGCGGCGGCGGCGCCGGCGGGCUGUUCAAAAUGGCGCAGGGUUUCAUGAAGUAGAGGCGGCUCUGCUGCACCGAUAGCUUAGCUGCAUGCAUGUAUGCGUGUUUAUGCUUUAAUUGGCUUGUUAACUGCUGAUAUGUGUACUCUGUGUGCUUAAUUUGUAAAUGUCUCUGAGCUUUCUGUUUGCUUGUAUGGUGAAUAAUGCCAUUCUAUGCUGGAUCUGUGGUGUAUAUGUUCUCUGAAAUGUAAAAAUAAGAAACGGCAGACUUCCUGUGUAAAA